AUUUGUUGGGUACAACUCCAACAGCGAAGCGGACAAUCUACUAAUAAAACGACAGCUGAAAAACGCGCGCACCCAAUUCUCCUAUCCUCUCCCACGAUUGCUCAUUCUUUACCCCAGCUUUUGACUUAAAUGUAAAUUUCGAUGAACCCUAAUUUCGAUCAACUAAUAGUUUUCAGUAUUUAAAGGAUCGAUAUUAAUCCAGUGCAGCGAGAACGAUCGUUCGAUGGUACCUCGAGUAUUCAUUUUGUUAUGCUUGAUUUCUCUCCGAUACCUUCCAGUGUUAAUAUCAGCUGCCACCAUUACACUUGAUUCGAUUGAGAUAUAUAAAACCCAUGAAUGGUUACCACACAAACCUACAGUCUACUUUCUAUGUAAAGGGGAGAACAAGACAAUUUUACCUGAUGUGAAGGAAAAGCAUGUCUUGUAUACCUUCAAAGGUGAAGAGUCUUGGCAGCCCCUAACAGAACUACAAGAUAAGAAGUGCAAGCGCUGUGGGUUUUAUGAGCAAGACACCCUUGAUCCGGAUGAUGUAUUUGAUGAGUGGGAGUUUUGUGCAUCUGAUUUUACAAGGUUUGAUGGGAAAUAUAUUCAUUUGAAAGACAAAGAGCUUAAUGCAACAUUUUCAUGUACAGAAUGUGUACCUUUUGGAAAUGGUGAGUACUGACUCUGAUCAUGGCA